AUGGGACAGACCCUCAUUCUUCUCAACAAGUCGGAGGUUGCAUAUGAUCUGAUGGAGAGACGCUCGGCCAUUCAUUCGUCACGGCCACAGGCUGUGUUUAGCGCUGAUUUGGUCAACUGGAAGCGCAUAGUGACCUUCAAUGGCGAUGCAAAUGUGGUUCGUACACAUCGGAAAUACAUCACAAGCUUGUUGGGAUCAAAAAAUGCCAUCAUGAACAUGCAUCAUCAACUUGACCUUGGGGCCAGACAUUUCUUAUCGCAGACGCUUCGGCAGCCCGAUUCUCUGAUUGAAAACAUUCGACGGGUCACCGGAGCGAAGAUUUUAGACAUGGUCUACGGGUACAAGGUCGGGUCAUCUGGGCCAGAUUCUCUCGUUGAUAUGGCUGAGCUUUCUAGCAUUCAAUUCUCCAGCGCAGUGGAGCCUGGAGCUUGGGUUGUGGAUAGUAUCCCUAUAUUGAAAUAUCUUCCCGCUUGGUUUCCAGGGGCCGGAUUUCAACGAACAGCGCGGGAAUGGAGAGAUGCUUUGACCAACCUAGCCGAAAAGCCUUAUGCAUUCGUUCUUCAUCAACGCAGCAAGGGAAAGGAUGUGGACUCAUACGUCUCCAGACACUUGAAUGCACUGGAUAGUCCUAUUGCACCGGACGAGGAAUCUGUCAUCAAAUGGACAGCAGCUGUGAUUUACGGCGCUGGUGCAGAUACCACCGUCUCGGUACUUUCAACUUUCUUUCUCGUCAUGGCUCAGUUUCCAGAUGUUCAGCGCCAUGCUCAGGCGGAGCUCGAUCUUGUGAUAGGUUCAAGACUUCCCACAAUGAACGACCGUCCGAAUCUUCCGUAUGUGGACGCUUUGAUAAAGGAGGUAAUGCGUUGGCAUCCUGUUGCGCCCUUGGGUGUUCCCCAUACGAGCACGGAAGAGGAUGAAUACGACGGGUAUCGUAUUCCGAAAGGGGCAGUGUUGGUUCCAAACAUCUGGUCAUUUGCACACGAUCCAGAGAUAUAUAAGGACCCGAUGUCAUUCAACCCUGGUCGCUUCUUGCAAGACGAGAGCGGCACCUCUCCCGAGUGGGAUCCUCAGAAGUUGAUUUUUGGGUUCGGGCGCCGCAUCUGCCCAGGUCGUUUUCUCGCUGACGCAAGCGUCUUUCUCACCAUUGCAAAGUCCCUCGCGGUUUUCGAUAUCUCGAAAGGCCUUGGAGAGGAUGGCAAGGAGAUGGAUCUCCCAACUAGGUUCCAACCUGGUAUCAUCAGUCAUCCAUCCCCAUUCCGCGUCCAAAUUCAACCGCGUAGUGAACAUGCCCAGGUGCUCAUCAGGUCCGUCGAGGUGGAGGAACCGUGGUUGAAGGGGGAUUCUGAUGUCUUUGAUGAUAUCAAAUUAUGA